AAUGUUGUUGUGGCAUUGGAGGCGCCAAGAGAGUGUAAAGCUAUAUACCUAUAUAUCGUUGUAAAUAUAUACAUAUAUCGGAGCAUAAGACAUACUAUACGAGCGAAAAGGCGACGACUACGAGAAAAUACGCGAGCUCGGGCACACACACGCACACACACAUAUUUAAACUCGAGAUACGAGCGGGCAUAUUACACACUUAUGCGCACGAGUGGACGAUUCUUCUCUUGCAGCUCUCCCCGCUUUUGCGCGUCUGUGCGCGUAGUUAUAUACACCGCGAGGAGCGCGCCUAUACGAAGCAGGCGCGCGAAUUCUACAUCCCCGCUUUGCGCUAUAUAACUCGCGUGUACAACUUAUAAAAUUGUACAUCACACUCACAUGCUGCGCGUAGAAGAGGAGGAGGCCAGCCGCUGCGGAAUACUACGAGCCGUGGACCGAUAUUUUGCCGUGAGACCGAGCACGACCUGCACCGCCGACGCUACCUCGUCGUCGUCUCUUCCCAUUCUGGGACACCAUCCUCGUUCAUAGCUUUCGUUUAUUAUAGCAGUGCUUCGGAAGCUCGGGCUAGCCAGAAAAUAACUGAAGCGACAAUUGCACGCCUCAGUCGCGUGCGACUCGCCGAGGAUCGAUCGAGUGCCAAUAACGAUUCAACGACAUUUUUUUUUAUUAUAUACCAAAUACGAGACAUCGAGAGUAGAUACUUGCCUCUCUACUGGACUUUCGGCUAAAGCUCGGUCAUGUGAUUGAUGGGGUUUCGUCGACUCAAGAGGAUUUUGUGCUCUCAGCUGUUGUCGCUGUUGUUUUGUUUUGUUGUUCUGCAAAAUAUAAGUGUCAGUGAGAGCAUAGCAACGAGCAGUGUUAACAGUUACGAUUCCACCUCGUUGGACACCUCGAGGCAGAGAUACGACCGAGACGUUUACCGAGUUGUUAAAAAAGAGGAUAACAAAGGCGGAGCCAUCAUGUCCGGGCUGCUGUACACGCUGCUGAGCUUCGCGGCGAGCACGAGCUUGCACUGCGCCGUGCGCCGCGAGAUCAGCCCCUGCACCUGUCGCCAGGAGGACUUUUCCGCGCCGAUCUCCAAUCCGCCGCUCGGCUCGCCUCUCCACGGCGAGCGCAUCGAGGUCGAGUGCGAGAAGAUGGAGUCGUUCAAUCAGGUGGCCGAGGCGCUCAGGGGUCGAUUCACCCCGGAGCAAUCCAUCACGCUCAGGGUCUCGCACUCCUACCUCAAGGACAUAUCCAGGCACGGAUUCAAGGACUUGAAGAUGUCCAUAACCAGGCUCGAGCUCAAUUACGAUAAAUUGGGCGUCUUGAACGGAGAAAUCUUCGCCGGACUGGGACGAACGCAGUACCUGAGCUUGGCCGACAAUGAGGUGCCGUCGAUACCCAGACCGAUACUGUCGCAUCUGUCGCUGCUACGGACCCUCGAUCUCAGCCGAAAUCGAAUCAGCCGCAUCGAAGCGGACGAUUUCAAGUAUAAUCCGACGCUGCAAUAUCUGUUCAUGGCGGGAAAUUCAAUUGCGGAAAUGGUGCCCGGUUCGCUUCCUCCGCUCAUCAAACAUCUUCAUGUGGGAAGGAAUCAUCUCGUUAGCCUCAAUCGUACUCUUAGAGAUCUCAAUCAACUGGAGUGGCUAUUAAUUAACGCGAACGAAUUGACAUCUCUUGACGGCGAGCUGCCGGCAUCUGGACACAAUCUGAAAAUGCUCUACGUCGUCGACAAUAAGCUGACUCAUUUGCCGGCGGAAUUUCGAUUUUUGCAUCGACUAGAGUCGCUCUUUCUACAGCAUAACAAGAUAACGAGCUUGGACGGUACCCUGCAGAAAGCCCGAAGACUCAAGUUUCUCGAAUUGUCCUACAAUAAUUUACAAGUGCUGCACGAGGACGACUUCAUCGAGGCCGAGAUGCUCGAGGACCUGCAGCUCGGCCACAACGCCCUGACUUCGCUGGGGGGCGUGACCAGCGUCACCCCCGAGGAGACGACGACGAGCAACAGCGCCCUUUACCCCCUCAAGUCGCUCAAGUGCCUCAAUCUGACUCACAACAAUCUGCGCGAGUUCUCGUUCACGUCGAUACGCGGCCUGAGGGAGCUCAAGAUGCUCGACCUGUCCAACAACAAGAUCCAGCGACUGACGCGCGGUCGCGCGCCCACCGAGCGAACGAUCCUUUCGCCCCUGGUGGUAUUGCAGAAUCUCGUGGAGGUCGACGGCGACGAGAUGGCCGGGGCCGGCAUCCAGGACAUGCAUCUGCAACACAACGAGCUGCGCAGCCUCGAGGGCUCGCUCUUCCUCGGCAUGAGGCAGCUGCAGAGGCUCAAUCUCAGCCACAACGCCCUGGGCCCGACCGUCGGCCUGAGAGAUCUCAAGGGCCUCGACGGCUUGCGCAAGCUCGAUCUGUCCUACAACGAGCUCACCACUCUCGAGGACACUUCCGAGUCGUGGCUGCAAUCGCUCGAGGAGCUCAACGUGGCGCACAAUCGUUUGAUCACACUGUCCGAGCGUGAUUUCCGCGGCUUUCCCGGACUCUGCUGGGUAGACGUCAGUGCCAAUCAAAUAAGCGUCCUUAAACCUGAACUUGUGGCCAACACUCGCUGCACGGUCCACGGAGUGCCCGACGUUCUGCGCAUCUAUCUACAAGAUAAUCCAGUCUUGUGUGACGCUGGCCUGGCCGAUCUCACGGUCGCUCUGGAGGUUUACCACGCGAAGGUCUACGGCGUGGCAAACGAUUGCCCGACGCCGUCUACACCCACGGCACCGACCACGACAACGGAAACGACGAUUGUGCCGCCUUUGCCGCCGACUCUCUUAUUGGCCGCCGCUGCAGCCGCCUCGGGCGGCAACGUCUCUUUCGCCGCGACCCUCGAAUGAUUCGAUCCAUAAGCUCUCACGACGCAAAAAGCUCAAUGAAGAAAGCAGCAUAAAUUCGACGAGUGAAUGCGAUCUUUUGUGAGUGAUUUUAUCCAAAGAAUAGAAGAUUGUUGUACUUUCUCAUGGUUGUUCAGGCAUUGCAUAUAGGAUUAUGAUAAAAUGCAACAACAGCCAUACGAAACAUCCGCUUCAUAAUAAUACUUAUGUAUAAAAGUGCAGAUUUUGGGUCCAUUCGAAACGACACAGGGCAUGAUUUUUGAAUUUUCAAUAAUAAUGACUUGUCAAGAAUAUGUGUGCACUUUCUAUUGUUUCAAACUACUUCAGUAGGGCACAAAUUGGUAAAGAAAUCAUUCGCAUUUAUAUAUUUUGUAUGAAAAGGAAAAACGAAAAUUCAAAUGAAUAAUUAUUGAUUCUUUGCAGACAUUUGAUACGCAUAGAUUAUAGUUUAGUAUGUAUGUUGUCAUGGAUAACGACAAAAUUUUACAGUAUUUCCUAAUUUGUUUAAAGAACUAUUUAUGUAUAUUACUUUGUAUAUUAUUAUUUCAAGAUAUCAUUUUCUAUCGUUAAAGUACAUAAAGUAAUUUUAGUAGUUCUCGUAAUGUAGUUCGAAUGAUUAGAAGAAUGAAAAGUUGUGUGCUUGAAAUUGUCUCACGUGAAGAGCGCAUGGAUAAUAUUUUCAACUUUAAUCGUUAAAUUAAAUUAUGCGUAUUCCCAUACCUUAGAUUACACAAAAUAUUGAUUCCUCUGCAAAGCUAUAUAAUAUAUUUUAAUAAUAAUCAAAUAGAACAUAUAUAUUUUAAUACAAAGAUGGCCAAAAUAGACUGUCUUUUUUCGUGUGAUUGACUUCGUGUUUGUCACCAUACUUUAUAGGCAAAAUCUAGUGACAAGACUUUUAUGUAUAAAAAACAUAUGUACAUAAUUUUUAUAAAUACAUAUUAUUAUAAUUGUGCUAAGCUUGACAUGAAAUAUCAUUUACUUUUAUUGCAACUACUUCUAAAUCAAGAAAUGCAUAAUUAUUUAUAAACGA